GUGGUUCUUAAAGGAUCUCUUGAUUUCUCCCUCAUGUUUCUGUUGUUCAGUUAACACCCUCUGGUCUGGUUUUGAUGUGAAAUAAAGUUGGGUCCUGUGGAGCCCUAUUUCUGUUUCGGGACAUUUUCCACAAUUCUUAAUUUGCACAGUGUUUUAGAGUCUUUGCAAGGCAUAUCUCCCAUGAUUUUUAUUUUAACUGCAUGGUUCGUGUAUUAAAAAUUAUUAAAUAAUUCUCCUAUUCUCCUAUUUUAGGAAGAAGUUUUUCCUUACCCAGAAAUUAGCAAUGAAGAACUGGCAGAAAUCAACCAGUUUGUGGGACCUGUUGAAAAGUUCUUCAAUGAAGAAGUGGACUCAAAGAAAAUCGAUCAAGAUGCAAAAAUCCCACCCGAAACCUUACAAGGACUGAAGGACCUGGGUCUCUUUGGCAUGCAGAUUCCAGAGGAAUAUGGUGGGCUGGGCCUGUCAAACACCAUGUAUGCACGUCUGGGAGAAAUCAGCUCCCUGGAUGGCUCCAUUGCAGUGACCCUGGCAGCUCACCAGGCCAUUGGGCUGAAGGGGAUCCUCAUUGCUGGCACCGAGGAGCAGAAGGCCAAGUACCUGCCCCGCCUGGCCUCGGGGGAGCACAUUGCUGCCUUCUGCCUCACCGAGCCCGGCAGUGGGAGUGAUGCUGCAUCCAUCCAGACAAGGGCAACCCUGAGUGAAGAUGGGAAACACUUCCUGUUAAAUGGCUCCAAGGUCUGGAUCUCCAAUGGUGGCCUGGCCAGUAUUUUCACAGUGUUUGCCAGGACAGAGAUUGUGGACAAGGACGGGCAGGUGAAGGAUAAAAUCACUGCUUUCAUCGUGGAGCGGGACUUCGGGGGCGUCACCCAUGGGAAACCCGAGGAUAAACUGGGCAUUCAAGGCUCCAACACCUGUGAAGUACAUUUUGAAAACACCAAAGUGCCUAUAGAGAAUGUAAUUGGAGAAGUUGGAGGGGGAUUUAAGGUUGCCAUGAAUAUCCUCAACAGUGGAAGAUUUAGCAUGGGCAGUGCAUCUGCUGGAAUGAUUAAGAAGUUGAUAGGUGGGUGAAUUGGGAGCUCUGCAUGGCUGGGUGCUAGCAGAAACUGCUCUGCCUGAGGCAGAUCAUGCAAGACAUUCAGAGUGGGAGCAGGAGUCUUGACCUUGUCAUAACAGGCUUUGAUAUCUUUAAAACACGAAAAUAUGGUUUUGAAAAAUUAAAUUAAAAGCCUGCUUGCAGAGGUUUUGAAAUAAAGGUCUUUUUCCUUUUGUACGGUGUAGAUUCAGUUCAUAGAGUGGGAGGUUAUUGCCUCUGUUGGACUUCCCUGAGGUAAAAUGUUAUUCCCAACAAAAAAACCUCUGUACUAUUGAUUUUAGAAGGUGUAAUCUCCCCUGGAACCUCCCACCUGAAUAACUGGCUCAAAGCUGCACACAGUAACUAGGGCUAAAACUGCUUUCUGCCAAUUAUUAGCCAAAACAGUAACAGAAGUCUCUCUAACCAAUUAGCACCAAACCUGAUCACUUCUCUUAAGAGUACAGGUUCAUACCUCUGGUUCAAAAGCCUUUGACAGGCUGGUCCCACACUUGGUCAACAACAUCAGUGUGAGGGUGAUUUUCACAAAGUGCUGCUUCUGGAACAGCCAGGGGGCUCCUGGGCACAGACUGGAAUGUCACCGCCCAGGGAAGGACACCAGCUGCUGGAAUGGUCUGUCACAGCCCUUCUGAGAAUGACUUGUUUUUCUUUCUUUGAAGAACUGACAUCAGAGUAUGCUUGCACCAGGAAACAAUUCAAUAAGAAACUCAGCCAGUUUGGAUUAAUUCAGGUAACAAAACAUGAAACACCUAAAUCUCUGUGCGAAGUGCCAGGACAUAGAUUGCAUUGGGUGUAUUUUGGCUGUACUGGUUUAAAGGAUUUGCUAGAAAUUUGUGUGAACCUGGUGCUGACUUCUGUACACUGAUCUUUUAAAUGUCCAGAAUGAUAAAUGUAUAAAAGUAUUUUUUAUUUAUUGUUGUUUCAAAGUGGUACUUUUUAUUGAUUGAUUAAUUUGAUGAUGUAAAACAUAUAAGAACUGCAGGUCUUUUUAAGUUUGAGGGUUGAUUGUGGACUUUUGCAUCUGAAUUUCUGUACGAUUCCUCCUGUUGCUGUGUGGCAGGAGAAGUUUUGUUUGAUGGCUGUGAAAGCCUACGUGAUGGAGAGCAUGGCUUACCUUACUGCAGGGAUGAUGGACAGGCCAGGCUUCCCUGACUGCUCCGUCGAGGCUGCCAUGGUCAAGGUAACCAGGGCUGGGAAAAGGCUCAGUGUUCAGCCUGCAGAGGGCUGAGAACUCAGGGCUGCAUUUAGAGGAGAGAAGCACUGCAGCCAGGUGGAAUGAUAGAUACUGUUCUGUCUGUACCCCACAAGCUCAGACUCGUGCAAAAUAAAACCAGCAGGGAACAGGUUGAGAAUGUCACAGCCGCUGAGCUGGCGUCUGAGGAGGCCUCACAUGAGCACUGGGACACUCAGUCACACUCCAGCUGCCAUCCUGGCCAAGCUGCUGCUGUGCCAGCUUUCCCAGGGAGCUGAUGGCACAACAAACCCUGUGGAAUAUCCAGGCUGUGGCUGUCAGGGUGUCCCUCAUGGUCACUGCAGAAAACUCCUGCUCUGGGCUCCAGCCAAGCAGCUGCAGCUGCUCUCCCUGUGUGGGGCUGCCCCUGUCCCUGGAAUGUGGAGAGUGCCCUGUGCAUUGCAUCACUAAAUUUGACAAACCCCUGAGCCACAGGGAUACUGCUCCAGGACCGGUGUAACACACAGAAAACGCUGCAGCAGUGUCCUGUGGAUACAACCCCAGAGCAGGGCAUCCUGUGUUUAUUGCUGAUUUAUUAUCUACUCUCUGCUGAUCAAACCCUGUUCCAUGGCAGGUGUUCAGCUCUGAAGGUGCCUGGGCAUGUGUGAGUGAGGCUCUGCAGAUCCUUGGAGGCCUUGGCUACAUGAAGGAUUAUCCUUAUGAAUGCUACCUCAGAGACACCAGGAUCCUGCUCAUCUUUGAGGCAAGUACCAGGAUCCCCUUUUUCUGCAAACUGCAGUUCACACCUCCUAUAAAGGGGAGUAGAAACCUGAAGGUUUGAUUGACCAGGAUCUUGUUCCUUCAGCUGCAAAGUCUCUAACAGUAAAACUGCAGGACUAACCUUGUUUUCUUUGGAAUAUCAAUAGUAGUUGCCUAUAAUAAAAUAAGCUAUGAUGGCUUUUACAGACUGACCACAGUGUGAGUUACAGCAGUAACCUUUCCUCUUGUGUGCUUCUCACAAGAGAAGCAGAGAAACUCAUAAAAGAUCAACUUAGACAUUUAAUUAACUUAUUGAUGGCUAUUUAAAUUAAAAGAAAGGUUGGUUCUGAAGCUUGUUCUCUUUCCAAGCUGGAUUGUCAGUGACCCAUCAUGUGCACAUCAGAGUCACUGUCAGACUUGAUUUUAACUCAGCUCAUUUUGAGCAGUUCUACAACUAUUCAAAUAUUCCUUCACUGGAACAGUGCAGAGCAUUUUUAAUCAAAAUGCAUUUUGUCUGUUUUCUUUUACAUUGGGGUAUAUUUGUGUGUUUAAUGAUGAGGGGCUCAACUUCUGCAAUGCCCCAUGAAAUCAGAAUUAAAACUGAGAUAAAGCAAAAGGCGGCAGUUUAUGUGUGGGGAGAGUCAUCAUGUGAUACUGGAGCAGUGGGAAGAGCACAGGGGCACAACAGACCUGCUUGGAAAACACUAUUGUAAACUCUGGUUACCUACCUUCUCACUUUCUCUUCUGCUUUUUCCAGGGCACCAAUGAAAUCCUGAGAAUGUACAUUGCACUGACAGGGAUGCAGCAUGCAGGGAAGAUCUUAACUGACAAAAUUAAAGCAAUCAAGAAAGGAAACGUGGGAGUGGCGCUGGGGGAGUUCCUGACCAGGUUACAGGACACCCUGGGCAGGAAGGUGGAUCUGGGGCUUGUAGGUGACAGUGGGGUGGUGCAUCCCAGCCUCCAGGUAAGGGCCUCUCUGCUGAGCUCUUGUGUUUGUUCCCUUUGCUGCUUGCCACAAUUUCAUCUCCUGGUUUUGCAAACCAAAAUGUAUACCUAGGGGCAGUGAGAUUUUCCAGGGUAAGCAGAUGUUGGCACCAUGACAGGGUAAGAAGUUACAGUUAUUGUCCAGGUAUCAAGGGAGGAUGAAGGCUGCUCUAAGCCUGUGUUUAUACCAAAUCCAGUUUUAGAUCCAUUUGGAUAAUUUGUAUAAAUUGAGCCUUCACCAUAUGAAAGCGUUUUUAAUAGCUGCCCUUUGUUAUAAGGUUAGUUACAAAACAGGAGUUUUUCCUGUUUAAUUGGAACAGAGUUUCAGGUAAGAAUGACUGUGAAUUACACAUACACAUACUUGCUUAAUCACUUAGGAAAAGGUUUUUAUGACCAAAAAUGAAUGUUCUGUUAAUAGGAAAAAGAUAAGGUAUAUUUUUCAUGGGGCGUUCUGUUAGUUACUUUUGUUAUCAUAAGCCUAUACUAAAAGUUACUGAGAGUAAACUCCAGAAAAUUGUAAUGGAUCUUUGAGAGAAAGAAAUGCGCCUGUCUGGCUUUUAGCAGCAAGGUGGAUGAAUGUUAAAAAAGAGAAAAUCCAGUAUCCUCUUUAAAGGGGGUGGGGGUAUGUUGCUUUUCUGUUAUAAGACUACUCAAAUUGUUCUAUUUUGUGUUUUGUUUUAUAGGAGAAUGCCAAGAAACUUGAAGAAAACGUUUAUUAUUUUGGAACUACAGUCAGGGGCCUGCUAAGUAGGUUUGGCAAGACAAUAGUGGAUGAGCAGCUGGUGCUGAAGAGAGUGGCAGAUGUGGUGAUUAAUUUGUAUGCAAUGACUGCAGCCAUCUCUCGGGCCAGCCGCUCCAUCAGCAUCGGGCUCAGGAACCAUGACCACGAGGUGAGUGUCCCUCAGCACCAACCAUUCCCACUCAGGCUGUGCUCCUGGCAGCAGGCAGGCUGCAUCUCUGGGGAAUUACAGCAAACUCUCCCAUAAAAGUGCAGCAGAACGUGGCUAAACCUGCCAGAGUGCAGGAGCCUCUCAGGGGCUCUGCUUGUUGAGCUGCACACUUUCAACAUGUUUAAAAUACUUCUUUAACACAUACACAGACAUUUAGAACCUCACCACAACUCUGCACGUUCUCUCAAAUCUGUUAACACCAUGCAGUUCUUCCCAAGCUCUUUCCAUAUAAUCAUUAAUAAAAACACAUAAGCACAACAGUAUUUGGGCAGCACAGCUCAGGUCAGGACAGGACAGUGCUUAUUUAGUAGCUCAUGUAAAGUUUCAUGGUAACAGUGGUGUUGCAGCACAAGAAAAAUUUGCUCCAGAUCAGUGUGAAAACAAAUCCAACGUGAUGAAGGUUUGGCUUUGGCCUUGAGACUUUGCUCUUUGUGUGAGCCCUGCUCUGGAUUGAUUCCCAAUCAGUCUUGGAGUAGCUUUUGGGCGAAGGCUCAUCCCAGCCCUGAACCUUGGCAGUUCUCUGGCCUCAAAGGGACAGCUGAGGCUGCACUGCACAUGACUGGGGUUCAGGGCACCAUCAUCAAAGAGCUUUGAGAUGUUUCAAUUACUGUAUUCUUACUACAUGGUUUUUGUUAUGAAAUUCAUUCACUAUUUUUAAACUCAGUUUUACUCCUUUUCCAGGUGCUUCUUACAAAUAUCUUCUGCACAGAAGCCUAUUUCAAGAAUAAUUAUGCCAUGGCUCAAUUAGAAAAAUAUGCUGAUGAAAACCUGGAUGAUUCCAUUAAAAAAGCUGCAAAGCAGAUCCUGGAGAAGAGGGCAUACAUCUGCUCUCACCCUCUGGACAGGACCUUCUGAUUCCUCCCUGAGAGCAGGCACUCAUGAAUGUCAGUCAGGGAGGAAUUUGCUGCAGUUCCAGUAUUUGGCAUCUUAAAAGCAUCUGUUAUUUAAUGUCUUUACUAAAUGUAACUGUGUAAAAUAAAACUUCUUUCUAACCAAAAUUUCAUAGGAAAAGGAUAAAUACAGAGAUUUCAUUUAAA